UCGCAGUCGAAACCUCAGUUGCAGGGCAGUUGUGAUAGGGUUGCUGAGCUCUUCCUUGACCCAGUCGUUUCCAGGCAGCCAUGGCAUCUUUCAAGGAGAUCGUCGACCGCGCUCGUGCCGCUUUCCAAUCGGGGCGCACUCGGUCCGUAGAGUUUCGUAAACAGCAACUGCUCCAACUCAAGAAGAUGUACGAGGAGAACCGGCAGACGUUCCUCGACGCCGUUCACUCCGAUCUGAGGAAGCCGAAGCUCGAAGCAACUCUGUUCGAAACCGGGUUCGCUGAGAAGGACUUGGACUUCCUCCUGACGCGCGUGGAAGACUGCCUGAAGCCCCAGGAGGUCGCCCCUUUGAUGCCGCAGGACAAGUGCUUCAUCUACAAGGAUCCCUUUGGCGUCGUGCUCGUCAUGGGCGCGUGGAACUACCCUCUGCAACUCAGCCUCAUUCCUGCGGCAGGUGCGAUCGCUGCCGGAAACGCUGUCAUAAUUAAGCCCUCAGAAGUCGCUCCCGCCACAGCCGCUGCUAUCGCUAAGCUCGUGCCGCAGUAUCUUGACAAGGAGUGCUUCCACGUCGUGUGUGGGGGCGUUGCAGAAACCACUGAACUCCUGAAGCAGAGAUUCGAUUACAUCUUCUACACCGGGUCCACGGGCGUCGGCAAGAUCGUUAGGGAUGCGGCCAACAAGUUCCUCACGCCCACAACCCUGGAACUGGGCGGGAAAUGCCCCUGCUACGUCGACCAAACGGCCGACCUCGACAUCGCCGCGCGCAGGAUUCUGUGGGGCAAGCUCUUCAACCUCGGCCAGACCUGCAUCGCGCCCGACUACAUCAUGUGCCCCAAAGCCGUCGAGGGGGAGAUCGUCGCCAAGGCCAAGGAGAUCCUGAAGGAGUGGUACGGCGACAGCCUGGAGAAGAACCCCGACCUGUGCCGAAUCGUGGCCGAGAGACACGUGGACCGCCUCGCAGGAUACCUGAGCAGCGGACGGGUCGUCGUCGGAGGGAAAUACGACAAGAAGAGCAAGUGGGUCGAGCCGACGAUCCUGGUGGACGUUAAGGAGAACAGCAAGGUCAUGCAGGACGAGGUCUUCGGGCCGAUCCUCCCCAUCCUGAGCUACGAGAACUACCAGGAUGCGAUCAACUUCAUCAAGAAGGGAGAGAAGCCCCUCGCCAUGUACGUGUUUUCGAAGCAGCAGAAUGUAGUGGACGCCUUCCUCAGCCAGGUGUCGUCAGGGGGCGCCACCAUCAAUGACACUCUGCACCACGCCGCCAACCCCAACCUUCCCUUCGGCGGCGUCGGGCACAGCGGGAUGGGCGCUUACCACGGCGACUACACCAUCGACACCUUCCUGCACAAGAAAUCCGUCCUCAUUCGCAAUUUCGACGCUGCUCCGGAAAAGAUGUUGGCGGUCCGCUACCCUCCCUACACUGAUGAGAAACUGAAGAUUCUGAGCGCAUAAGGACACUCCACGCAGCCUCCACUUUCUGAUCUUCCACAUUUUUCUCCUCAAAUAUCUUCUCCACUUUUGUGUCUUCCGCUCUCUGCGUUUCCACUUUCUUCUCUCGCACUCUCUUCCACUUUCGUUUUCUUCUUCUUCUACUUUUGUUUUCUUCAUUCUUCGCUACCACUUUCUUCUCCUCCACUUUAUUCUCUUCUCCUUUUUUCCCUUCCCACUUUCUUCCUCUCAUUUUCCAUUUUCGUUCAUUUUCCUUCCAGUUUCUUCCAAGGCGGACCAUUGAUAUUCUUGAUCUAAAGAAAACGAAUAAAAUUAUGUUGAUUGUUAA